AUGGCGCUAGAUGGUGUACCGGUAAAAAUCAUUGCCCUGAUCAAGGCCUAUUAUCGCUCCACUACUGCGAGAGUCCUGCUCCGCAACAAUCUUUCCCAACCGUUCGGUAUUCGGUCUGGCGUCCGACAGGGUUGUAUCCUGUCACCCAUACUGUUCAACUAUGCUAUUGACUGGAUCCUCGGGAAGGCCCUACGCGAAAGUUACGGCAUUGAGUUUGCACCCGGAGAUCGACUGACUAAUCUCGACUAUGCCGAUGAUAUCGCCUUACUUGCUUCAAGUUUUGGUGAUCUGCAGUCUAUGGUGUCACGGGUGAGCGAGGUCGCUAAAUCGGUCUGUCCAUAAACGCUGGGAAGAUUAAAGUGUUUUCAAGCUGCAUCCCUGACCAGGAGAGGGCACCCCUCGGGAUUGAUCGCUGUCAAACUGAAGAAGUAAACGAUUUUAAAUACCUUGGAUCGAGGCUGCUGCCUAAUGGACAGAGUAAGGAGGACAUUGUCUCCCGAAUCGAUGCUGCCCGCUGGGUUUUCUCAAGCCUUCGGAAAUGCCUGUGGAACCGACGUGACCUCUCCAUCGCCACUAAGAUUCGCGUGUACCGUACAUCUGUCCGGUCUGUCCUUCUCUACGGUUGUGAAUGCUGGGCUUGGCAUGUGGAGGACGAGCGAAAACUGGAGGUAUUUGAAAACCACUGCUUGACAAUCAUUCUUCGAGUGAACUUCACCGACUUCGUCUCAAAUGAGACAGUCCGCGCUCGCUGCGACAUCAUCGCAAAGAUAACUCAGGCCAUCCAAGAAAGGCGACUGAAGUGGUUCGGGAACGUUCUUCGUCGUCCACCUCAGGAGCUCAGUGUUACUGCCCUCGAUCCGGCACCGUUGCCCCAUUGGAGACGUCGAAGAAGGGGUCAGUUCAAAACCUGGCUCGACACAGUUCGCCAAGACAUGGAGGUGGUUCUUGGACCUUCGGUAUUCGGUCUACGUCGUUGGAGAAGAGAAUGGGUUGAGCUGUCCAGAUCUGCCGCCGCGGAUCGUCACGCGUGGAUAGGUACAGGUCGGGACAUCGAGAUCAGCUAG